AACCUAGCCCAGAGCAUCAGGAGUCAUUUGGCCUGAAGCGUCUGGCACAGAGCGCUCGUGCAAACGAGGCCGGCCGGCCGACUCAAAAUCCUCAAAGUCUCCACUGAUCUCUCUCUCUUGCAUCCAUUGCUCGCGGGCCGGCCAUGGCGGUGAUGCCGAUGCUCACACCCAGAUCAGUCCUGCUGAUGCUCCUCCUCGCCACCCCCUUCAUCAUCCUCCUCCCCCACCCCUCCCGCGCCUCCGCAUCCCUCAUCCUGCCGGUGCCGGAGGUGGUCCAUGUCAACAAGGCCCACGUGGUUGUCCUCACCGCCGCCAACUUCUCCUCCUUCCUCGCCGUCCGCCGGCACGUCGUGGUCGACUUCUACGCGCCAUGGUGCUACUGGUCCCGCAAGCUCGCCCCGGAGUACGCCGCGGCCGCGUCGCUCCUGUCCGACAAGGGGCUCGACGUCGCGCUCGCCAUGGUCGACUCCACCCAGGAGCGUCAGCUCGCCCGCGCACACGGCGUCGAGGGAUACCCGACCGUCCUCUUCUUCGUGGACGGCGUGCCCAAGCACUACCCCUACUACGGCGAGAGGACCAAGUAA